UGUAAAUUUAUUCCGGGCUCGAGGUCUGAGGAAACCAAAUCCAAUUAACGCCCACCCUCUGUUCCGGGCCUGCUCUCGACUAGAAGAUGUUUGAACAGGUUCCCCCAGGUCCUGUGGAUCCCUUCUUCCACCUCAAGAAGAAGGCCGACCAAGAUAACCACCCAGAUAAGGUAGACAUCGGGGUAGGGAUCUACCGAAGCGAGCAGGGAGCGUGCCAGGAACUAGCUGUGGUGAAAAAGGCAAGUCCAAUACUAGACGAGCUUGACUUGGGACAUGAUUAUGGGCCGACCACAGGGGAUGACCGGUUCUUGAACCUUGCCGCUGAGGUUAUGUUUGGCCAGGCCAGCGAACCUGUGACCUCAAGACGUGUCGCAUCCGUCCAAACACUGUCUGGUUCGGGUGCCAACCACCUUGCGGCUGUCCUAAUAGCGAAAUCCUUCGAGCUGAAGCCCGAGAUACACAUUGGCAUGCCGACCUGGAGCAACACGAGGCCUCUCUUUGAAUACGUCGGUUUAAAGACAGUUGACUACCCCUACGUGGACCCUCAAUCAUCCGAGAUCGACUUUGAGUCUUGUUUGAGCGCCAUCCGAAAUGCACCGCGAGGUAGCGUCUUCCCUCUGCAGGGCUGUUGCCACAACCCGACCGGCAAGGACCUCACGCCCCAGGAGUGGCAGCUCCUUGGAGAGGAGAUGAAGGCAAGGGGCCACUUACCCUUCAUUGACAUAGCCUACCAGGGCCUUGGCGACGGGUUGGACGAAGAUGCUGCUGGAGUUCGGAUACUCUCUCACAUGGGCAUCGACAUGAUUGUCUGCCAAUCCUUCUCCAAAAACUUCGGCCUGUACGGCGAGCGUUGCGGAGUUCUCCAUGUUGUUACCCAAUCGGAAACAGUCGCAGCCAACGUAAAAGACCAGUUGAGGAGCUUGAUCCGGCGCGAAUACUCGUCGUCACCAGCAUAUGGCUCUCGUCUAGUCACAAUCGUGCUGGAUGAUCCUGAGCUGCGCGCACAGUGGAUCCAGGAACUUUCAUCCAUGAGAGCUAGGCUGCAAGAGAACAGGACUCGACUUUACAACCAACUGACAAUCAUGCUUAAAACCCCGGGCGAUUGGAAGCAUAUUGUCGAGGAAAAGGGACUCUUUUCGUGCCUUGCCAUCAAUCCCGCGCAGUGCAAUGCCUUGAUCGACCAACAUCACGUCCAUCUACCCGCAAACGGCCGCAUCAAUGUGGCCGGCCUGAAUACCAAUAAUGUAGAGCGAACAGCCCGGGCACUCGAUCAAGUGGUUCGAGAA